ACAAUAGGACCUGUGUUUGGGUUGAGCAUGGGACUGCAUGGGUCUAAGCACCCUCAGCAGGCUCAGAUUGUGAUGCUGGGCCUGGACAGCUCGGGGAAGUCCACCCUGCUCUACAAGCUCAAGUACAACGAGUCUGUCAUCACCGUGCCCACCGUGGGCUUCAACGUGGAGAUGCUGGAGACGGAGGCGAGGGGUCCGGGGUUGACCGUGUGGGACGUGGGAGGCCAGCAGAGGAUGAGACCCCACUGGAAGCACCACUACCUGGGCACAGAGGCCCUGGUGUUUGUGGUGGACAGCUGGGACCGCAGGCGUCUGGAGGAGGCAAAGAAAGAGCUCCAUCAGGUCAUUAUUUAUUCAUAAUACAACGUUUUUCAGCCUAAUCCUGAUGCAUGAAUGUAAAUAAAUGACAGGUCAUAACCAGAUCUCUUUCUUGUCAUAUUGGGCCAUGUUGUUAUGGGGUAUAAUAAUGUGUAUACUGAUCUUUUACAUCACCCAACAGGUGCUGAGGAGCGGGAGUCUAAAGAGCAUUCCUCUGGUGGUGCUGGCCAAUAAGCAGGACCUCCCCGGGGCAGCAAGCCCACUGGAGAUCACCCACAGGUUGGACCUGAGGAGGGUAUGUGGGAACAGGGACUGGUUUGUCCAGCCGUGCUCUGGGAGGACUGGUGUGGGCCUGGAGGAAGGCUUCAGAAGGGUUGCCUAUCUGUUGAAGACUUCACUAAAGCAGACUGAGGUGGAUAUAAAGAACAGAGUAAAACAACUGAAGCCCAAAGCCAUUACGAUGAUGACCAAGACACAAGGCCUGGGCUGCAGCUAG